UAGAAUCUUUAAAAGCGUGCUUCCCGAACGCAGCCAUCAUCAGCUGAUUAGUGAUUAGUAGUUGCUUUCCAUUUACAUCAAAACUCAGAUAAUUCUCUCUUGUGACGUCAUAACUCAGUUGAAUGCACGUUCCUUUUGAUGCUAGCAAGUGAGAUUCAACUGAGUUUUUACGUGGUUUCUGCACACGAUCGAGACAUCGAGACCGUGUGCUUUAGUGAGUCUAAUAGACUCACAUUAAAAGUGAGAAUCGAGAAAGAUAUGCAUGAUUAAAUGUGAUUUAAAAUAAAAAAAUAAUACUAUGAGUGAGGUAAGUGAACCGAGUGACAUUGAAACGUUUGACAAACAAGAUGAUAAGGAUGCGGACUUUAACGUGGACAAUUAUCGUCAAGAAAUGGAUAGCGAUGAUUCCUUUAUCGAAAUGCCAGAGAAUAACAUACAGAUGAAUAAACAGGAUGGCCAGUGUGCAGGCCCAGUUAUUUCUGGACACAAAUUUGAUAAGAAGCUGAUAUGCAUUAAAUAUCCGGGUAACAUAGUUAAUGUUGAUAAAGCAAUCGAAACAUUAGGUGGCAUUAGCUCUAUUUCUAUGACUGUAGAUGCUCCUAAUAGGAGAUUAGAAUUGCGGUUUAGACCUGAUGAUGGAUAUAGCAAACCUGCCUGUGGAGAUAGACAUAGUACAAUUGGUUUUUUACUUAGAGUUAGGAUAAAGAAAAAUAGGGUAACACAAGCAGAUAUGACAGAGGCUACAAAAUCAAAAUGUAUGGAUGCUAUAAAUCUGAAUGCUACAAAUCUAGAAGCUACUGCAUCUUGCAUUAUUGGUAGCAAAGAAAAUCUUAAAACAUCCCAUUUGGUGGAGGAUGAACAGAUUAAUAGUGCAUUUAAUGCUACGAUAAAAGAGGACAGCUGCAAAGAUAAUGUUAGUAUUGAAGAUACUGUAGACAAAAGAUGUACUGCAGAUAACAUUAAAAAUAUUGAUGGUACACAUGAAGAUAAAAGCUCGCCAAAAAGAAAAAAGAAUGUAUUGUCUACAUUUGACAAUAACAGAUAUGAAAAUUUAUCCCAAAAGACAGAUUAUGAGUUACCAUGUUUAAAAAUAUUAGGAAGAGUCGAGACUGAAUUCAAAUUUACCAAUUUAUGCGAUUUUCAAUAUGUACCAAUGACACAGAGCAAAUCAAAUCCCAAAAAAUUGGAAUGCAUAUAUAGCUCGAUUUAUCCGACAGGUAUUCCACCUUAUUCUUGGUUGAAAAAUGACGUGCCUUAUUUUCUACCACCAGCCGCGUUCAGCAGAAUGGACACUGUGCAGCAAUACAUACCAAAAACUGAGAUAGAUUCUAACUCGGAGAAUAUAAUUGGUAAAAACAAAAAGUGUCAAGCGGGCUUUCCCAAUUAUAUAUACUUUUCCACGCUAGGGGUGCCCACCGCAGCACCAAAAGGCAUUGAAACAGCUAUGAAAGUAAAGUUCCUUCAAAAUGCACACUUGGAACAAGUGCGCCAACUUUUUGAGGAACGUCCAAUUUGGUCCAAAAAUGCUAUCAUGUAUAAGACACAAUAUACGUCUGAACAAUUAAAGAUAUUAUUACCGUCAGUGGCAUAUUAUUUUAUGACCGGACCAUGGAGAAUCAUGUGGGUGAAACUUGGUUACGAUCCAAGAAAGGAUAUUAAUGCGAGAAAGUAUCAGACGUUGGAUUAUAGAUUAAAAGCUAUGCAUGGAUUAGGUUUGACCGUCAGAUGCAAAAGAAAUUAUUCAAAUUAUACAUUACCAUACAAAUCUGCGCCCGUUUCUAAACAAAAACCUGCUAUACUCACUGCUACCCUGAGUCAGCAACAAAACCCGAAGAAAGAGCGGCAUUUACACGAGAAUGUGUAUAUAUACCGAGAAGGCAUGGUACCUCCUUCCCGACAAAUGUUUUAUCAGUAUUGUGACGUUCUAAUAGGAGAAAUACAAGAAAUGUUGGCAAAGCUCCCUGAUCCCUUACCUGGUAUAAAAUGUCAUGAGAAGAGAGGAUGGCUGCCAACUGGUUUUGAUGUACAAUGCAGAGAAAUUUUAAACAAACAAGUGCGCGCCGUUCUGAGAAAGAGGAUGAACAUUCCUGAGGAUCAUCCAACAUCGCUUCCAAGGAAACGGAAACAUGGCAUUAAAUUAAAAACUAAUAAAACGAUUAAUAAAAGAACGAGAAAAGGCAAAGCGAAUUCUACAGAGAUUCAAUCAAAUGUUACUCCUACUUUGGAAUUGAAUGUGAUUAAUGAAGAUUUGAAACCUGAAUUUAAAUAAUUAAAAUUAUAAAUAUGCAAGAAAAAAGUCUAACUACAUUUUUUUGCUAGAUACCUCU